CGGCGAAACUGUCGGUGCGCCGGUGCGCGUGUGCGUGUACGUGCGUGUCGCGUGCGGGAGAGCCAGAGAGAGCGAGCCUACGGUAGAAUCCCUCGCUGUCCCGUCGUUUUAUCCGUCGUUUUAUCCACCCACGGGUCUGUCCUGACGAUGGCGAACGAGACGCGUUCAACCGGCGAGGAAGUCGCGCGCGCGGCGGAUCACCAGGUCUGCAAGAUCCACGACCCGGACGACUUCGACCGGAUCACCCGGGGGAUCAAGGUCGCGCGGUGCAUGCAGUCGCCGUCGUCCUACGUGCCCGACAGCGAGCAGAUAUUGUGCCAGCUGGUGGUGUCCGACGCCCUGUGCUGCUCCUACUGCAACACCGAGUUCGAGGACAAGGUGCAGCAGAGGCUCCACUACAAGCUGGACUGGCAUCGCUACAAUCUCAAGCAGCACCUGAACGGUCUCAAGUCGAUCAGCGAGGACGGUUUCAACAGGCUGGCCGGCGAAGGCGACAUGUCUAGCCUGUCCGGCAGCGAGGUAGAGUCCGAGAACGAGGACGACGCUGGUACCUCGGAGACUGGGACCUCGUCCAACGAGCAAGCCAAGAGCGAGCCGCCGAGCAAGGCCGGGCCCGGCAGGUCUAGAAAGACGUUGGAGAGACGCGGCAGGGCGCUCGAGUUGGACAUCUCGGACACGGAGUACAACACGGAGGAGAUGUCCAAGGAGCGGAGGCUGCAGGUGGUCGCGAGUCGCCACACCAAGGUGUUCUUUGAGAACGACGACGGCAAUAUAUUUAGCAUCUAUCGCUGCCUGCUGCAUCACAAGAAGGACAUUCCCGAAAAAGACACCGAGAUGAUCGUUCAGGCGCUGGACAGCGGCAAGAAGACCAAGUGGACGGUCAUCAUGGUCGGCGGUGGACACUUCGCCGCGGCGGUAUUUCAGGAUGGCGAGGCUAUCGUGCACAAGACCUUCCACUCGUACACAGUGCGGGCGAAGCAAGGCUUUGCUCAGAGUUCCCGCACGAAUGGUAAUCACGCGAAGAGCGCCGGCGCCAGUUUGCGAAGGUACAACGAGGCGUCGCUCACUCAGCACGUGCAAGAGAUAUUGGAGUCGUGGUCGGCGCACAUCAACAACUCGACGGCUAUUCUGUACCGUGCGGUCGGUCCGCACAAUCGCACGGUGCUCUUCGGCGGCAAGAAUCCUCCCUUGGACAAGAACGAUUUUAGAAUAAGACCACUGCCAUUCCCCACGCGAAGAGCGACGUUCAGGGAGGUCAAGCGGGUAUACGACAUACUGAGCACCAUGGAGAUCUACGGCUCCGCGGCAGAUUUCACUGACUGUUUCCCCAAUUCUCCGCGACAGCCGGUACGUAAGAAGAUCCCGAAACCGGAGAUCAUGAGCGGGAUACCCGAGGGAGAGAUUGCCACCGAGUGCAAUCAUGGUGCCGGCGGCAACGCCAAUCCGCAGGAGAACGAUAAGAUUAAGGCGCCCGCGCAAUCCACCCCGGAGAAGCAACACCGGAAUCCUCGUCCGCAUAUAGAUAGGGCGAAACCGAGGAAAAGCCCGAAUCGGCCACUGCCAGAUAUUAUUGUUAGAUUAGCUCAAUCAUCCUCCGAGUCCGAAAUGGAUGCGAAUUUGCCACUGGACAUCCCUUUAACUGAAGAAGACUUUGAGGUGUCGUUUAGGGAGAAUUUACAAGCGUUUCAAGAUACCGUGCCAAGGUACAUGAAGAACAAGAAGGCUCAUCGGCAGAAAAAGAAAGUGAAGAAGGACACUCAGAUGACCAAUGAAGUGCUGUCGGAUGCUAAAACUAAAUUAUGGACCGCCUGUAAGCGGGGCGACAACGAUUUGUUAUCAUCGGUUAUCGAUAACUUGUUAGCCAAGAUCAAGGAGUGCGAAGAGGAGCAAAGCAAGAAAGAUAUCACGGACGGCUGCGCCACGUCCAACAGUACCGCCGUGAACACGGACGACGUGGCGAAAUUGGUUAACGAUGUCAACGAGGACGGCAACACGGUGCUACAUUUGGCGGCACUCGGUGGACACUACGAGCAAGUCUGGUUACUGCUGGAAAUCGGAUCGGACCCGUGCAACAAGAAUAAAAAGCAACAGACGCCUUAUGCUGCUGCGAACGACAAGAAGACUCGAAAUACGUUCAGAAGAUUUAUGGAGGCUAAUCCGGACAAGUUCAAUUACCAAAAGUCUCAAAUACCCGGGCCACUCUCCGAUGAGAUCGAGCAAGCGGAAACGGAGAAGAAAAGACAGCAGCGGAAGUUGAAGCGCUUCAAGGAGAAAGUUAAGAGAAAGGAAUUCGAAUUGAAGAAGCAGGAGGAAAAUGAGAAGCAGAGGUUCCUCAAUCUCAGCGACAAGGAAAAGCGAACACUGGUCGUGCAGAACCGGAUGUUGAGCGAGGGCUACACCGUGGCGUCGCGAUGCUUCCAGUGCGCCAUCGAUAUGACUGAUAAGGUGCCUUUCGAGUACAACGCCAAUCGUUUCUGCUCAAUGCCGUGUCUCAAAGAGCACCGUCUUCACAAUAAAUACGUUAUCUGAUGGUGCAUCAUGUCUAGCUAGGGAAACUUUUAUGCCAAUUACUCAAUCGCGUUCGCGAUUACGAGAGGCUGCAUUUACCGACAACUUACUAUUACACAUAUAGUCAUUUGUACCGAAGUAUUCGUACGGCUUCUUGUGGACUUUGUCUUGUAAUAAUUUUGAAUGAGAUGUAGAGAGGAAUUUUCACGACGUUGUCGCGCUUUUCUUUUGAACAUUAUUUUAUAAUAAAGCACGAUGAUUCUCAAAAAGUAAGGACGAUAAUAUCAAGAUUUCUUGAUUAAUUUUAAGAAAGACAAACUUAUGGCAUAUAAAAAAUUUUGUAAACGAUGUAAAAAGACAAACGAUAUGCUCGAAGGAUUUGAAGAAUUCUUUCAGGCUAUAACAAUGGAUUAUAUAUUUUCAUCUAUAUAUAAUCGGAUGUACACAGAGGGCACGUUUUUUACAAGGUGUAAUGUGUCAUUCUAUGCAUAUAUUUCGACUAAUAUUUGACAUCUUUACUCGUGUAUUAAAUGCCGUACAUAUAGUACAUGUAUAUAAGAGUAAAAUGACAAGCUGCUAAAGGAAAUAAUAGCUACUCAACGUUCACAUACACAUUUGCGUUCGUAUCGGAGUAUCCGCGGAAAAAUUGCGCGUGUAUACAUACAGGGUGCUUAAGUAUAACGUGUUUCUAAUGUUUUUCUUAAUAAACAGAGAGAAAGACAGACAUUGGUAAGUGAUCAAGGAAAAUAAUGUCAAACAACAAAAUUUCGAUGGAUUAUGAGUAUGUGCGUAUAAAUAAUAUAAGUUACGAAGUUAUUAAGAAAAUUUAUAAAACUUAACUUAUUAAAAUCGUUUUCUAUCACACUAUCUCCAGCUAUUCGUAAAUGAUGUACGACAGGCAAGUUUGACUGAAAAUAAAAAUCAGAUUAAAUUAUGAA